AUGUCUAAGAACACUCGCAGUCUCGCACAUCUUGAAAAAAAGUUGGAGAGAAUGGAGGCACGGCAAAUCUCCGAAGGAAUACAGACUGAACUAUCGAAACAGCCCAGAAUAGACACAGCUUUGGCUAAGAGUCUCUGCAAAACAUCUAAAAGUCAGAAUACGUGUAAUGAAACCUGUGGAACUCAAGAUAACCAGGACAUUAACUCAGAGGAUGUGAUACAAAAUAGUGGGUGGACAGAAGUAAACAGGAGAGAAAAACAGAAGUACAAGCAGCCCACUGGGAUUAUGAGAGGAACAGCUUCACCAGGUGCUACCCAACUGGAAGCUUCAGAACGCUGGCGGUACUUGCACUUAUUUUAUGUGAAGGUUGGCACCACCGAAAACCAAGUCAGUUCACACCUCAAGGCAAUAUGUGGUAGCGAGGCCUGCACGGUGGAAAGUCUUAAGGCAAGGGGCAACUAUGCCUCUUUUAAAUUAGGCGUACCUGUCAAACUAGCAGACAAAUACAGCGGUUGA